UACUUAUAGUUAGCUCACGCAGCGAAUUUGUAUCAGUCGUGAUUUGGUUCUGUUAGAGAGAGGAACAACCAUUUUUGUGCCACACACUCAGCAACCGCCUCAACUCUUACACACACGCAAAUUUGUUGCUUCAAAGGAUUCGUCAGCAAAGGAUACAUCAAGCUGUAUAAAGACGUGCUCCACCGCUCUCUUAACAUCACUCCUCAGCGACCAGUCGUCACGUCAACAUCUCAAGAAACUUGGCGUGUUAACGAACAUCCAAGACGCGCAACAAACGAAUACCUCCUGGCAAAUGCAACUGCGAAGCAAGUCACUGAGACUUGAAUAAUUGCAACUACCUCAUUUUGCAUAAUCGGUGAAGUUUUUUAUAAAGGACACAGUGCAAACGCUCUACCUCAAAGUACAAAAGUGCGCGAAUCGGAAUACUCCAUAUCCCAAAAGUGAAAAUUGCUCAAAUGAGAAUUUGUUCAAACUGAUCCAGUUGAAAGCAGAUUUCAAAGUGUUUUUGCUCAAGUGAAGGCAGAAGCGACAAACGCAUCACACAAAACACCACAUAUUUAUGGCCAUAUCAAUGCUACAGGACGCCCAGACGCGAAGCUUAGCUGCUGCAUUGGCCGGCAUCAAGAGAGAAGAAGUCGCCGUUGACCGCUCCAUGUCGCUGUCGCCCCCCAUGUCCGCCAACACAUCAGCCACCAGCGCUGCCGCCAUGUACCCAGCCAUCGGUCUCCAGCAGGCGGCGGCCGCCUCGGCUUUCGGCAUGCUCUCGCCCACCCAGCUGCUGGCCGCCAACCGCCAGGCUGCCGCCUUCAUGGCCCAGCUGCCCAUGAGCACACUGGCCAACACACUGUUCCCGCACAACCCGGCGGCCCUCUUCGGAGCCUGGGCUGCCCAACAGUCGAUGCCGCCCCAGGGCACCCACUUGCACUCGCCGCCAGCCAGCCCGCACUCGCCAGUGGCCACGACGCCCCUGGGCAGCGGCAAGCAUCCCCUGGGCUCCCCCAACAGCACUCCCCAGCACCACGAGCCCGCCAAGAAGGCCCGCAAGUUGUCGGUGAAGAAGGAGUUCCAGACAGAGAUCAGCAUGAGCGUGAACGACCUCUACCACACCCCAGGCGGACCCAUCUCGCCGCCGUCCAGCGGAAGCUCGCCCAACUCCACACACGAGGGAGUGAGCGGCGGCGCUGGCGUUAGCGGUGCUUCCAAGGAUCCUUCUCGCGACAAGAGCUUCACCUGCAAGAUCUGCUCUCGCAGCUUCGGCUACAAGCACGUCCUGCAGAACCACGAACGCACCCACACCGGCGAGAAGCCCUUCGAGUGCCCGGAGUGCCACAAGCGUUUCACCCGUGACCACCAUCUGAAAACCCACAUGCGCCUGCACACAGGAGAGAAGCCGUACCACUGCUCCCACUGCGAUCGCCAGUUCGUCCAGGUGGCCAACCUGAGACGCCACCUCCGCGUGCACACUGGAGAGCGGCCCUACACUUGCGAGAUCUGCGACGGAAAGUUCAGCGAUUCGAACCAACUCAAGUCCCACAUGCUGGUCCACAACGGCGAAAAGCCGUUCGAGUGCGAACGCUGCCACAUGAAGUUCCGCCGGCGCCACCAUCUGAUGAACCACAAGUGCGGCAUCCAGUCGCCGCCCACUCCGGCUCUGUCGCCAGCCAUGAGCGGGGACUACCCCAUGGCCGUUACCUCCAUGGCUCUGGAGGCGUCCACCAACAAGUUCGCGGCCAUGUGCGCCAGCUAUGGCGGCUCGGAGGAGUCGGUGGACCUCGAAAAGGGCACCAUGGAGGAUGACGCCCCCCUCGACUUGUCCGAGGACGGAGCCAGCUCGGUGGACGGGCACUGCAGCAGCUCUGGUCGUCGCAAGGCUGCGGACAUUCGCCGCGUGUUCCGCCUGCCGCCCCCCCAGAUCCUGCACGUUCCCAGCGACAUGCCCGAGCAGACCGAGCCCGAGGACUUGAGCAUGCACUCGCCGCGCUCCGCCGAGUCGCACGACCAGGCCGAGGACAUCGACUUAGACGACCUGGACGACGCCGCAGCCCUCUACCUGCGCCAGCAGCACCACUAGACCAGUCCCACUGCCAAUUGUACAUAGCUGUGGUCAGUUUUCAUCAGAUGAAGUUGACGGGCAAUGAUCCACACAAAAUUGAAAAUUUUGCAAUUCGAGUGGAGGGUGAAGAUUGUUGCAACAGGAAUUUAAUGCUAAGUACAACUAACUAUAGAUCGACGAUUUAGACACUUAUAGAACUAAUAGCACCCAAAUCAAAAGCUAAAGAUUGUACAAACCUAGGAGAUACAAUUGCCAUAAGCUUGUGCCGCCAAAACCCCACCAAAUCGAACCGAAAAUGUCGUGCCAUCCUCAUGUAUACUUUAAGUUAUCGUUUUAAGUUCUUCGAAUCUCUUCAGAUUGUAUAUAUCCACCCAGCAAAUGAAAGCUGCCAAUUGUAAAUUACACAGCGCUCCAAAAAUGUUAUUGUGCUAAAAACGAAAGAAAAACUAUUCGCACCUAAUUUUUAUUAUUUACAUAAGCCUAUUUUAAUCUUACGAAUUCUUAAAGAAACAAUGCCAAUAAUCACGAAUCAAAAUUAACUUUAAGUUAAACUAAUAAACCAUUUUUAUUCUCUAA